AUGUUGCAAACACCAUCUCGAGCUUCAACCGCCUCUUCUUCUUCAUUUCAACCCAUAUCACGCCAAAACACCAUGUCAUCUUACGAUGGAUCGCGCUCUGCGCGCCAAUCGAAGCGCUACUCCAUGUCGGCAUUGUACAUGUCGAUUUCUGCCAACGAAGGAGACUUACAGAUAGAAGAUGAGCUUGCUAAAGCACAAAAGUCUCUCCGUGACCUCAAGUCAAAGAUCUCGUCACAGUCCAAGAAGAACUUCGUUCUGGAAAAGGAUGUGCGCUACCUAGACUCUCGAAUCGCUCUGCUUAUCCAGAACCGCAUGGCUCUAGAAGAGCAAAACGAAGUCGCCAGCCAUCUCGAAGACGCUCUUGAGAUGCAACAGGGUGUCUUCCCAAACGACGAUAAGACACAAAAAUACGGAAACCUUUUGUUCUUACUGCAGUCUGAGCCUAGGCACAUUGCCCAUCUUUGCAGACUGGUCACAAUGUCCGAAAUCGACUCACUCCUACAGACCGUCAUGUUUACCAUCUACGGAAACCAAUACGAGAGCCGUGAAGAGCAUCUCCUUCUCACUAUGUUUCAGUCCGUCUUGACAUACCAAUUCGAUAAUACACCCGACUACUCCUCUUUGCUCCGUGCCAACACGCCCGUGUCCCGAAUGAUGACAACAUAUACUCGAAGAGGACCUGGUCAAAGUUUCCUCAAGUCCGUACUUGCUGAUAGAAUCAACGGUUUGAUCGAGCUGAAAGAUCUUGACCUCGAAAUCAACCCACUUAAGGUCUACGAGCGAAUGAUUGAACAGAUUGAAGAGGAUACCGGCCAAUUGCCUCCUCAUCUGCCCAAGGGAAUCACGGGCGAACAGGCUGCCGAGAAUCCUCAGGUUCAAGCCAUUAUCGAGCCCCGCCUGACUAUGUUGACUGAGAUUGCCAAUGGCUUCUUGACCACCAUUAUCGAGGGCCUCGAGGAAGCGCCUUAUGGUAUUCGUUGGAUAUGUAAGCAGAUCAGGAGCUUGACCAAGCGCAAGUACCCUGAUGCCAACGAUCAAGUCAUCUGUACCUUGAUCGGUGGCUUUUUCUUCUUGCGCUUCAUCAACCCCGCGAUCGUUACCCCGAAAUCGUACAUGCUUAUCGACGGAACCCCGGCCGAGCGACCUCGACGAACUCUGACCUACAUCGCCAAAAUGCUUCAGAACCUCGCGAACAAGCCAUCAUACGCAAAAGAACCGUACAUGGCUAAGCUCCAGCCUUUCAUUCACCAGAACAAGGAGAAAAUCAACAAGUUCAUGAUUGAUCUGUGUGAAGUCCAGGACUUCUACGAAAGCCUUGAGAUGGACAACUACGUUGCGCUGUCAAAGAAGGAUCUUGAGCUCGAGAUCACUCUCAACGAAGUUUACGCCAUGCACACCUUACUUGACAAGCAUCACGAUGAGCUGUGCAAGGACGACAAUUCUCACCUUGCAAUUAUCAUGUCAGAACUGGGAUCAUCACAGCCUCAGCUACCACGCAAAGAGAACAGAGUCAUCAAUUUGCCUUUGUUCAGCAGGUGGGAGUCCGCCAUAGGUGAUUUGACGGCAGCGCUGGAUAUCACUCAAGAGGAGGUGUUUUUCAUGGAAGCCAAGUCCAUCUUCGUGCAAGUUAUGCGAUCUAUCCCAUCAACUAGUGGCGUAGCUAGACGACCGCUACGACUUGAACGUAUCGCUGAUGCUGCGGCCACAAACCGUAGUGAUGCUGUGAUGGUGCGCAAGGGUAUUCGUGCAAUGGAGUUGCUUUCUCAGCUCCAGGAAUUGCAUGUUAUCGACAAGACCGAUCAGUUUAGCCUCCUCCGAGACGAAGUUGAGCAGGAACUGCAACAUCUCGGCUCUCUCAAAGAAGGUGUAAUCGUCGAGACUCAAAAGUUGCAGGAGGUUUACAAGACCAUCCGUGACCACAAUGUCUAUCUUAAUGGACAGCUUGAGACAUACAAGAGCUACUUGCACAAUGUUCGAUCACAAAGCGAGGGUACCAAGAGAAAGCAACAGAAGCAGCAGGUCCUUGGUCCGUACAAGUUCACUCAUCAACAGCUUGAGAAGGAGGGUGUCAUUCAGAAGAGUAAUGUUCCCGAUAACAGGCGGGCCAACAUCUACUUCAAUUUCACCAGCCCGCUCCCCGGAACCUUCGUCAUUUCACUACAUUACAAGGGCCGCAAUAGGGGUCUGCUUGAGUUGGAUCUCAAGCUGGAUGAUCUACUUGAGAUGCAGAAGGACAACCAGGAUGACCUUGAUCUCGAAUAUGUCCAGUUCAACGUGCCCAAAGUGUUGGCUUUGUUGAAUAAGCGCUUCGCUCGAAAGAAGGGCUGGUAA